UAAGCGCUCACCAGAAGGCAGAAGCUGUACCAUUUUGAUAUGUUAUUUAAAUUGUAUGCGUUCUUUUAAAAUUUCAUUUUCAACAAUUUGCUCGAAUAUACACUGAAUAAACUUCGCUCCCCGUUUUUUCCGGUGACGGCCGCAGUUGACUGGAGCUUCAUGGAAAACCCGGAGAAGCGGAGUGCGGGCGGCCCGGCGCCGACCGCAGAGCUGCGCGUGCUCCGUGCCCCCGCGCUACGCGAAGGUUGCCGGGAUCCGCGGCAGUAGCGGCGGUUUGAGGUCUGUCUCUGGGGCCUGCUGGCGGCGGCCUGGGGCGGCGCGGCGGCUGGUGGGCAGGUACACCGAUACUGAAGUACUAUGAACCUUCAGAACUUGUGGAGAGACUACAAAGUUUUGAUUGUUAUGGUCCCUUUAGUUGGGCUCAUACAUUUGGGGUGGUACAGAAUCAAAAGCAGCCCUGUUUUCCAAAUACCUAAAAACGACGACAUUCCUAAGGAAGAUAGUCUGGGACUUUCAAAUCUUCAGAAGAGCCAAAUCCAAGGGAAGUAGCAGGCUUGCGAUCUUUAGAUAAAGAAGCAGCUUUGAAUCUGAGCUUCAUGUGGAAAGAAGAGAUGAAAAAUACCAGUUGGAUUAGAAAGAACUGGCUUCUUGUAGCUGGGAUGUCUUUCAUAGGUGUCCAUGUUGGAACAUACUUUCUACAGAGGUCUGCAAAGCAGUCUGUAAAAUCUCAGUCUCAAAGCAAACAAAAGAGUAUUGAAGAGUGAAGUAAAAUAAAUAUUUGGAAUUACUAAUUUGUCGUGAAACCAUUAUAUGCUGAUUAGCUUCAUAAACAUUGAACUCUUUGAUUUUAUAGCCACAAUGCUGCAUAUUCAUACUUUAAUUCCUAAAGAAUAAUUUUUAAUGUUAAAACGUGAUAAUGGAAUAAAUAGAAAAAUGUGGUUUACAAAAUAAAAACGGUCUUCACUAGUUACCACCUGAAGUAAGAUGUCUCGUUUGGAAGCUAAGAAGCCAUCAUUGUGUAAGAGUGAAGCACUGACAUCUGAGAGAGUCAGGACCACACUUUCUGUCUUGAAAAGGAUCGUAACAUCAUGCUAUGGCCCUUCAGGUAGGCUGAAGCAGCUGCACAAUGGCUUUGGAGGUUACGUGUGCACAACCUCACAGUCCUCAGCCCUGCUCAGUCACCUUUUGGUCACACAUCCCAUUUUAAAGAUCCUGACAACCUCCGUGCAGAAUCAUGUGUCAGGCUUCAGUGACUGUGGCUUAUUCACUGCCAUUCUUUGCUGCAACCUGAUUGAAAAUGUUCAGAGAUUAGGCUUGGCACCCACCACUGUCAUUAGAUUGAAUAAACAUCUUUUGAGUCUUUGCAUCAGUUAUCUCAAGUCCGAGACCUGUGGUUGUCGAAUCCCAGUCGACUUUAGUAGUACUCAGAUCCUCCUUUGUUUGGUUCGCAGUAUAUUAACAAGUAAACCUGCCUGUAUGCUCACCAGAAAGGAAACAGAGCAUGUCAGUGCUUUGAUUCUGAGAGCCUUUUUGCUAACAAUUCCAGAAAAUGCUGAAGGCCACAUCAUUUUAGGAAAGAGUUUAAUUGUACCUUUAAAAGAUCAAAGAGUUAUAGAUUCCACUGUAUUACCUGGGAUACUCAUUGAAAUGUCAGAAGUUCAAUUAAUGAGGCUAUUACCUAUCAAAAAAUCAACUGCCCUCAAGGUGGCACUCUUUUGUACAACUUUAUCCGGAGACAUUUCUGACACUGGAGAAGGAACUGUGGUGGUCAGUUAUGGGGUUUCUCUUGAAAAUGCAGUCCUGGACCAGCUGCUUAACCUCGGAAGGCAGCUAGUCAGUGACCAUGUAGAUCUUGUCCUGUGCCAAAAAGUUAUACAUCCAUCUUUGAAGCAGUUUCUCAAUAUGCAUCGUGUUAUUGCCAUAGACAGAAUUGGAGUGACUCUGAUGGAACCCCUGACUAAAAUGACAGGAACACAGCCUAUUGGAUCCCUAGGCUCAAUAUCUCCUAAUAGUUAUGGAAGUGUGAAAGAUGUGUGCACUGCAAAAUUUGGCUCCAAACAUUUUUUUCAUCUUAUCCCUAAUGAAGCAACAAUCUGCAGCUUGCUUCUCUGCAACAGAAAUGACACUGCCUGGGAUGAGCUGAAGACUCACAACGACCCCAAAAGCAUUCUCAAAGAUGAUGAAUGUACUCAAACAGAACUUCAACUAAUUGCUGAAGCAUUUUGCAGUGCCCUAGAAUCUGUUGUUGGCUCUUUAGAACAUGAUGGAGGUGAAAUUCUCACUGACAUGAAGUAUGGACACUUUUGGUCAGUUCAGGCAGAUUCUCCCUGUGUUGCUAACUGGCCAGAUUUGCUUUCACAUUGUGGCUGUGGAUUAUACAAUAGCCAGGAAGAACUCAGCUGGUGUUUCUUAAGAAGCACACGUCAUCCUUUUGUGCCACAAACCUGCCUUCCACUUGAAGCUGUGGGCUCAGCCAGCAACCUGACCUUGGACUGUUUGACUGCAAAGCUUAGUGGCCUACAGGUGGCUGUAGAGACAGCCAAUUUGAUUUUGGAUCUCUCAUAUGUUAUUGAAGAUAAAAACUAAGAGAAUAGCAUGUUUGUAUUAUGAAAGAAACAAAUUAACUAGUCUGGUGGCAAUUAAGAAAAAUUGUGAGUGUAUUUGUUCUCUCCCAAAGACCUGUUCUACAUAUUUGGACAAAUGACUCAUAAAAUUAUAGAUACACUUAUUUAGGAAAAAAGGUGAUUCGUGAAUAGAAAUGCCAUGAAAUAAUAAAAAUAUGAAGCAUUAUUUUUUUAAAAUAUUAUAGUUAUCUUAGGGAUUCUAUAGUGACUGCUGUACAUUGUUCUAAAUUUUUGUUGUUAUUUUGGCAUCAUUUUGAGAGCAAACAAAUAAAAAGACUCCUAAUCCAUGCUCUAGUUUGGAUAUGCAUGUUUUCAAUAUUUUCUAGUUAGUAGUAAUUAAAUAUGCUUAAAGUAAACUAGAUCUCACAGUGUCACAAAACUUUCAGCAUAUAUUGCUCAAUCAAAAGAAGUAUUCAAACUGCACAUUGAGUAAAAUUUCACUUUUCUCUGUGCCCUUUAUCUCAGGCUAUAUUCUUCAGUGGUUAGAUAAUUGAGUAGAACCUGGUUUGCUGCAAUUUGUAGUUUAUAUCUCAACUCCACAUUUUUGUUAUUUGGGGGAAAUGUUUGCUUUUGGGGGAAAAAAAAGAUUUAUAUAGUAACCAAGGCUAAAGCAACGUUGUAAUGUCUUCAUUUUUAAAGUGGGAGGAAGAACUGGUUGGUUUUACACUGGGGUUUCUCAACCUUGGCAUUAUUGAUGUUCUGGACCCCGUAAUUCUUUGUUUUGCGGAGGCUGCCCUGUGCAUUACAGCUUAUUUAGCAGCAUCCCUGGCUUCUACACACUAGAUGCCAGUAGCACACUCCUGUUGUGACAACCAAAAACGUCUCCAGACGUUGCCAAAGGUUCCCGGGAGAGCAAAAUUGUUGGUUGAGAACUAUAGACUGAUAGAAAAAGGAAGGAAAAUGAGGAGUAUUCUACUAGGACUUCAGAAAGCAGCAUGAAGGAAGGGGACGUUAUUUCUCUAGUCAAUAGUAUGAAAAAGAAACUACAAAAGCUCCCAUGUUCAAAAUAGAGACACUAUGUUUCCCCAAGGGAUGGAACUUGAAUUUUAUGCAAAUAUAAAAUGUAUUGAUAAAUUGAAGCAGAAAUAUAGAAGGCAGCCACAUGAAUAAGCAUGGAGCUAUAACAAAUGUUAUAUGAAACUUUAGGAAAACAUUUUGGAAAUUUUUGGGAAACGAACCAACCUAAUAGUCAAUGAUCAGAUCUAUAGCCAUGAUAAAGAGAAAUAGAAUUGUUCAACCAUUUCCUCCAAUAUUCUUGUAAUCAAAAAGAUUGUUUCCUCUGAGCCAAGGGAAAAAGCUAGCAAUACAAACAGCAAUGCCAUCCAUAUAUAUUAAAUAUCAGCCCCACCUGAAGUCUCAUAAAAUAUUUAUCAAAAGUUUUACUUCUUUUAUUAUUAGAAUCAAAUAGAAGGGCAGUGUGAUAGGCAGCCUCUAAGGUGACCCCCAGUGAUCCUCACCUCCUGGUUUCAGACCUUGCAUAAUUUCCUCCCCUUGAGUGUAGGCUAGACUUCGUGACUCCUUUAUGUCUCUCAUUUCCCAGCUUUGUGGACAGAAUGUUACAGUGAUGGUCAUGGUUAUGCCUUAUGCAUAAUUUUAUGCUGUGAGUAGAAGGUAGAUCAAUUUUCUCUAGUUUCAUGGGUCUACAGAUGGAAAGCAACUGUAUUCCAGGAACUGUACUUAAAGAACUACGCCCUGAGGAAACCUGGGGUGAUUCCAAUUAUGAGAUCACCCUGACUUGAUUCCAAUUAUGAGAUUCUGAACUUUGAGCUGAUGUAAUGCAAAAGUGAAACUUUUGAGGAUCUGAGGAGUAGGGGGGAUGUAUUUUAUAUGUGGUAGGCAGCCUCUAAGAUGGUUCCCAAUAAUCUCAUUUCCUGUCAGUUCACUCUCUGGGUAUAGGUGGGACCUAGUGACUAACUUCUAAUGAAUAGAAUACAGCAGAAGGGACAGGAUGUCACUUCUGAUAUUUGGUGGUAAAAAGAUGAGUGUAUCUCUUGAUGCCUUCUCUCUCAAUGAAAGCCAGCUGUCAUGUUGAGAACUGUCCCUUGGAGAGACCCACAUAGCAAGGGUUGAGGGAGGCUUCUAGCCAACUCCUCAAAAGGAACUGAAUCGUGCCAAAAACCACAAGAGUGAAUUUGGAAGCAGGUACUCCCCAAUGGAACCUUGAGAUGAGUAUAGCCCUGCCACACGAGAGACCCUGAAGCAAAAAAAGCCAGCUAAGCUACUCCCAGUUUGGUUCCUGACCCACAAAAUCUGUGAGAUAAUAAAUGUUGUUUUAAGUCAAAUUUGGGGUGUACUUUCUUAUACAGCAAUAGCUAUCUAAUAAAGGCAGGAGGAAAGCUUAUUUGUAAUAAAUUACUUACUGAAAACUUGGUCACAUAAAUGGAAAAAAGCAUUCUUGAUGCCAUGCCUUUACAUUUUUAUUGUCAUCCCAACCUAAAAGAAGGGUUCUUCAUCACAUGUAUUUACAGUGGUCGCUGAAGAAGGUGUGUCACAUAGGAAUUGGGAAUUGUCCUGGUUCUCCUUGGCCUUAUCCUGCAUUUUUUUCAAGUUCCUCCAAGAAGGGGUGACACAGUGAACCUCUCCAACUGUUCCACUUUCCAUGAUAGCCAUUUUUUAAAUUCUAUCAUUUUUAGCUUUACCAUAAAAUUUGAUUACAUUCCUUGGUGAAGCAUUAAUGCUCUUAUUUGAAUACAUCACAAAUUAGUUAAAAUAUAUUUAUAAACGCCUCUGUGUUUCCUAAAGUUGUAAUAAUCCUUAGCAGAAAACACCGAAAAUAGAAAAAAAAAAAGAAAAAGAAAAAAAACCUUCCUCUAUAAUUCAAGAAAAUCAGCAUUCAAACUUAGAUGAUAAAACGUGAAAUGAAAAUUGUUGAUGAAAAUAAUUUCAGAGGAGUUCCUUUUGGCAGAAAUAAAUGAUAAGUAAAAAUAGCAACUAAGGUAAGCCUGAGGCAGUGUUUUGUGACUUGAAGUAAGAUUGAGGUCUGAAUAUUGCAUUAUGAAGUACCUCAGGAGAGAGAAUGGGAAACCCUGAUAGCUGUGGAAAAGGAAAGGGAGAGUAUGUUGAAGAGAAUGAAGUCAGUGACAGUUGCUCAAUACUUUCGUAGGACUCUCAGGACAUGUAGCAUUAAACAUUAUUGAACCAUAGGAGUCCAACAGGAUUGUCAUCUCAUUAAUCAAAAGACGUUAGGAUUUUAGCAGCAAGGAAGAAAGUGGAGAGCUAAAGCAAAUUAAAGGAAAUCUUUAAUCAAAUACUUAUUUGGUCUUAUAGCUAUCCUACUCUUUAAUUCCUCCAUUUAUUUGUACAAUAUUAGAGAGUCUUUACAUGUUAGACAUUGUAAAUCAACUGUUAGACUGAAGCACUUUAUAUAAGUGAAGUAUUUUACACAAGAUAUUUAAACUAUAUCACAUUAAUAUCUUUUAUCAUAGGUAUCCUUGAACUCAUUUAGUUUGUAUUAUCAAAGCUACUUAGGCAUUUACAUGGUAGACGAGGGAUUUUAGGUACCCAUAAAUCAGCCAUUGUACUCCGUAUUUUCGUAUUGUUGUUCAUAUUGUUGAGCAGUGCUUUGGAUAACUUUAAAAUAAAAUAAUGUUGUUUACAGUCACAUACAUUAUGCAGGUUAUUUUAAAUUAUAUACAAAAAUCAAUGCAGGCCUUGACAAAACAUACGAUUAGUUAGGUUAUUCCUUCCUGAUAAUCUUUGGGGAAUAGUCAAAGAGACUAAACAUCUCCUACAAGGCCCCAUUUCAGCUGUCUAAAUAAAGCUAUCUCUUAAUCUGAAGCAAAAGUCAAUUUUGAAUAUCUGAUAUCUUUAUAAUUUUUUUCAUGUAGCUAAGUGCUUCCAUUUAGUAACUAUGGUAUCCCAUAAUGGAAAUUUUUGCCAAUCAUCUACAGAAUUUGAAUUUAGAUGCACCUAAACCCAAUGUUAGCCUACAUUUGGAUUAUAAGUAGAUUUAUAUGCUGCUUUAAUACUUAUGAAAGAGAAUGCAAUCCCUGAAAACUAUUCCUAAAUGUAAAUGAAGCCUUUUGUUGGAGAGACGAUUAGACUUGGCACACUAAAAGUCAUGGAAUACUAUAUUACCUGUAAUAAAGUGUGAAUUUAGAGGGAAAGAAAACAGCUUGACAAUCUCCUAUUAAAAAUUCUCUGAGAAAAUACUUACAAUAAACAUCUUCUUUUAGCUACCUUGA